CAGCACGACGCCACAAUGCCAGAGCCGAGGGAGAGAAAAUCCAAGAUCACAGCCUCACGCAAACUCUUGUUGAAGAGUUUGAUGCUGGCAAAAGCAAAGGAGGAAUGGGAUCAGGAGAUCGUGGACAAGCAGUCAGAGAAGGAAAGAUACCUGUCUGAGCGCAUCACACCACUGCACACCAGUGGGCUUUCCUUGAGCCAGCUCCAGGACCUGUGCAGGGAGCUGCAUGAGAAGGUUGAAAUUGUGGAUGAAGAGAGAUAUGACAUUGAAGCGAAGUGCAACCAUAAUACUCGGGAGAUUAAAGAUCUGAAAAUCAAAGUGCUUGAUCUCCGAGGAAAGUUCAAGCGACCCCCGCUGCGGCGAGUCCGCGUCUCCGCCGAUGCCAUGCUGAGGGCCCUGCUGGGCUCCAAGCACAAGGUGUCUAUGGAUCUGAGAGCCAACCUGAAGUCUGUCAAGAAGGAGGACACGGAGAAGGAGCGCCCCGUGGAAGUGGGCGACUGGCGCAAGAACGUGGAGGCCAUGUCCGGGAUGGAGGGGAGAAAGAAGAUGUUUGACGCUGCCAAGUCCCCCACGGGCCAGUGAGAGGAGCACCGGGAAGAAGAGCCUCCCCACCCCUGCUGCCUGCCUCCCUCUACCUUGCUGCCCCUCCAUGCUCUUUACACCUUACCCUGAAGUCACCGCUGAGCUGAAACACGUGAACAACCCUGUGGGAAGGAGAUCUGAGCUUCUUUCUUUCAGAACUGC